AUGACUACAGCUGACUACAGGAAUGAGAUUUCCGGAUUCAAGCAGAAGAACUUGGAAGGAUUCAGUGAAGCAUGGGAAAGGUUCAAUGGCUACCUAGCUCAAUGCCCACACCAUGGUUUCAACAAGGGAAGCUUGCUUAGCACAUUCUACAGAGGGGCCUUACCUGAGUACAGAGCAAGAUUGGAUACUGCAAGUAAUGGGAACUUCUUGGACAGAACAGAAGAAGAGGCAGGGAAACUUGUUGAAAACAUGGUCAAGAGUGAUGCUGUCUACAGUGGGGAUCAUGACAGAGCUGAUAGGUCCGCAGACAAGCAAACAAGAAAAGAGAUAAAAGCUUUGCAAGACAAGAUUGACAUCCUCAUUGCUGAUAAAGCUUCUCAAGCUCAGAUGAACUUUGUUGGUAAUCCACAGCAAGAGAUACCAGCUGCUGUCAAUGAGUACAACAACUAUCAGCAGAGACCUUAUUCUAACAACCAGCAGAAUGGAUACCAGCCUAGGAACAACCACCAAGGUGGCUAUCAGCAAAAGCAAAACCCUCCUCCUGGUUUUUCCAACCAAGGGCAGCCCUCUUCUCAACAGCAGCCUGCUCCAUCUAGCUCUACACCCCAAGAGAGCAGCACUGAUGCACUCCUGAAAAAAAUCUUGGAGUCACAGACUAGAAGUGAGAAGCAUGUUAGUUAUGAGCUGAAAAACCUUCACAACAAGAUUGAUGGGAGCUACAAUGAUCUCAACAACAAGUUCAGAGCUUUGGAGAACCAAUUUGCUUCCAUGAACACUCAGCAAAAUCGCCAACAAGGCUCCCUACCUGGAAAACCUGAGCAGAAUCCCAAGGAUGCCAAAGCUAUCACACUUAGGAGUGGUGAGGGGGUGGCCAUCAACAUAGAUGAUGAGGUGGUUAUUGUUGAUGAGAAGACUAAUGAUGAGGAGAAGAAGACUGUAAAGGAUGGUGAAGUUGUUCCUCCAGCAAAGGAGAAUGCUUUUGUCCCUCCUCCUUAUGAACCCAAACUUCCAUUCCCUGGUAGGUUCAAGAAGCAGUUGCUGGAGAAGUACAAAGCUCUUUUUGAAAAGCAGAUGAGUGAGGUUCAGAUCACAAUGCCAAUCAUUGAUGCUUUCAUGCUGGUUCCUCAAUACAGCAAGUUCCUGAAAGAUGUCGUGGCAUCAAAGAAGAAAGAGAUGGAAGGUAUGAUGAUUCUCACUCAUGAGUGCAAUGCCAUAAUUCAGAGGCUUGAUGUUCCAAAAAAGCUAGAGGAUCCAGGAUGCUUCACACUUCCUUGUACUCUUGGACCUAUGAUGUUUGAGAAGUGUCUCUGUGAUUUGGGAGCUAGUUACAAGAAGUGUAGACUUUCUCUGGUGUUAGCUGAUCGUUCGGUGAAGUACCCUGUUGGUAUCUUAGAGGACCUUCCAGUGAUGGUAGGAAACUGUGAGAUCCCUACAGACUGUUGGUAA